GCGGGGGGCGCGGUUUCCCACAGCCGCUUCCAGCUCGACUUUGGCCGGCGGCGGCUGCGCGGGGGGUGCCCGGAAGGCAGCGAGGGAGGCGCGCGCGGCACGCAGGGGACUCUUGCAAGCCAAAGAAUGCAGACCAUAAAGUGCGUGGUGGUCGGAGACGGUGCCGUGGGGAAGACUUGCCUGCUCAUCAGCUACACCACCAAUGCCUUCCCGGAGGAGUACAUCCCCACCGUCUUUGAUAACUACAGUGCUCAGAUGACGGUGGACGGGCGGAUGGUCAGCCUUAACCUCUGGGACACGGCUGGACAAGAGGAAUAUGACCGUCUGCGCACCCUCUCCUACCCACAGACCAACGUCUUUGUGAUCUGCUUUUCCAUCGGCAGCCCCUCCUCUUAUGCCAACGUGCGACACAAAUGGCAUCCUGAGGUCUCCCACCACUGUCCCAAUGUGCCAAUCCUUCUGGUGGGCACCAAGAGGGACCUGCGGAGUAAUGCAGAGGCCGUGAAAAAGCUGAAGGAGCAAAGCCUGGGCCCUACCACCCCCCAGCAGGGUACUUCGCUAGCCAAACAAAUCGGGGCAGUCAAAUACUUGGAGUGUUCAGCAUUGAACCAGGAAGGGGUAAGGGAAGUAUUCGCAGAAGCCGUGCGCGCCGUUCUCUAUCCAGUGACCAAGAAGAACUCCAAGAAGUGCCUGCUGUUGUAGUCGGCAAGGCGAGGGCAGCGCAGACUGAAGGCGUGGGGUGUUUGCGGUCCAUCUCCUUAACUAAUGGCCUCUUGCACUAAUGGCUUUAAAGAGAACUUUCUUCCAGCAAGUCCUCUUGCAGUCCAGCUGCCACUUUGAGCCAACAGAAAUGAACGUAUUGGCUCUAGCCUUAAGAAUCGGCCUCCGGGCGAACUCUCCGUGUGUCCCUACGUAACUCUCCUCCUCUUCUGUGGAGGAGUCCAAAGCGAGGGAGUGCCUUCAAAGCCAAGGGUUCUCUGCCCAAGAGAGAGAGUCUUUUCGGAAGGAGGCCUUGAUCUGCUUUCCUUUGACACCAGCGUUGCUUCCUUUCCAGCCGCAUGGAGAGCAGGGCUGUGCCUUUCCAGUAGCAGAAUCGGUCUGUCACAGUUUUCAAAAGCACCAUACAAUUUUUAAAACCUCUCCAUUAUUGCAGGCAGGCAGACAUGCCAACAGGCCUUGCAAACUGAGCGAUGAGCAACCCCCGGAGGGUCUUUAUGAAAUCAAAGAAUCAGGCUGGGUUCUUUGUGGAACAGCUCUGGGAUCUGGCAUUAGGUAUUCGGCUUUCAAGGCUUGGAAAGCUGAGCUUCUGUUUCCACAUUGUGCCCUUCCUUACACCCACACACCCACACAGGCCUAGAUUAACUGUGCUGGCGGACAUCAGGCACUCUGAUGGUUUUUCUGCACUGGCAUUUUUCUUGGCUUAAAUGCCACAAUUACCCUUCGGGAUUAUGAUUGAGUUUCAGGGUAAGAAAUUGCCUGCUAUGCAGGAUAAGGUCUUGGCCAUCAAACCUUUUAAAAGCUGUGCUGCUUCAAAGCAGCCAUUUUGUGUGCCUUCUGUUCUCCUUUUUCCCUUGCAGAUAAAACUCAACUACUUUUAAACAUUCAGGCGUGAGUGCUAAUAAACUGAUGCACUAAUUUAGUAGAAGCUUAAAUCUUUCUAGGCCACCUGGUCCCCAUAGAGAUGCAUAUGAGUCUAACAUUGCCUGAAAUACUAACUGCUUUCUUUAGAAUGAAUUAUGCAACUUUUCUUCUUGAAACACACAUUUCUUAGCAUCAUGCAAUUUGUUUCUUUUUGCAACAGUAAGAAACUCUUGAUUGUGUCCAUCAUUGGGCAUCUUCAGCUGAUUAAGGAAAGCCGGAUGCUUGACAGCAUCUCCUGGAUAAAAUGCUUUGAGCAGCCUCUCUUUAGGAAGAAUGCUGAGAUGUAAUACUCUGUUCCCAACCCCUCUUCCAAAUAACCACGUUCUUAUUCUGCCUGCGAUCCUGAUCUGCACUGGUGACCAGGAAAUUUUGCCUGAAUGUGGAAUGGUGAUACUUGGGAGCUGUCCUCUUUGCAUGGAUGCUGAUGUCGCAGCGAGAUUGGUGAUUUAGCCCAGGAGCAAAUCCGGUGUAGUUCUCAUUCUCGUCACGCAAAUCUCACUCGAUUGCUUUAACGUUGGCCAUGCUGCAGUCUCCUUUUUCCCUUUGCCCAGCUGAGAUUCUGGGCUGGAACUUUUGCCCUACAUCUGACCAUCCUCAGGGUAUGUAGCAAUAACUGUUUCCAACCAGGUUGUGAUGUUACAUGAGAGUUUGGUCUCCCUGGCACUGCCAAACGUCUUCUGAAUGGUGUUCCAAGCUUCCUCCUGCCUGAGCCUGAUGAUGUGGGACCGGACUCUCCCUGGGGAAAGAGGCUUCUCCAGGCAGAGCUGGGCUGGUUCAAAUGACGGUUGAGGUUCAGGGAGUGGACGGCCUCAUCGUGGUACUUCCAACAUACACUGGCAACUGAUUUUAUGGUUUAAAGUACAUUUGUACGGCAACUAACAGAGUUAUUUUUAAAUUAUGCUGAAUGAAAUUGUAAUAAAGCAGUUUCUUGG